AUGACUACAUGCGAUCCAAGUGACAUCGUAAUAUCACGACCAUUGAGCGUCUCAGAAAACUUUUUCAGAUCAAGAACAGCCAGUGGUAAUUACCGCAAUUUUCAGGUUACAGCUACUUAUCAACCAGGCCUAAAGAAUAAUUUGAAGCUCUUUUAUCAAGCAUUGAGAAAAUUAGUUCUUGAUUACCAUAUAUUGAUCACAAAUGUACAGUUCAACACCACUAUUGAUGGAUACGUUUACGAACCGUUGAAACAGGUUGACUUUGCCAGUAUUGUUGGAUUUGUAGACAAUGCCGACUACAUUUCCAACGACAUAAUCAAUGAGAACUUCAUGAAGUAUAUCAAUCAAAUCACCUUUGACUUGUACUCACAAACUCCAUUGUUCAAGUUGAUCUUGGUGGGUGAAGACCAGCUCUGUGCCGUGUUUGAACAUACCAUUGCUGAUGGAUUAGUUGCCAGAUACAUACAUGAAAUUCUACUUGAGAACCUUGCAUACUGUGAGAAUGGUGCUAAUUGGAACACUUUACAGAGCGAGUACGGGUUUACAGAUUCAGAUGGUUUUAAUAACACCCAACUAUUUAAUCUCGAACGUGAUCAGAAAUUCAUUAAAAACUCCUUGCCACCUCCCAUUGAUUUGUUUCUUCCAAUAGACGGAGACUAUACUGGAGGGGAUCCGUAUUUUUCUGAGCUUGUGGCUCCUCCAGGUACAAAGGGAAAGUGGGCCGGUCGGUUUCUUGCAGUUGAUACUCACGAUAUCGCUUUCAAGUUAAUCAACUUCCCUGACCAUGAGACCAAUCAAAUAUUGAAAAAGUGUAAAACAGAAAAGGUCUCUGUUACAGCUUAUAUUGAAGCGAUUUUAGCCCUCACGUUAUAUCCUGUGUUUAGUGGGAAGUACGCCUCCUUCAAGUGUGCUAUGGCUUUGCGAAGGCACAUGGAUGCAACAAAUGCACCAAAGCAAUAUCAUUCUAUUUUGAGCCGUCCUGAGUACAGAAUCUUGGGAACACUGGCACAUAUGGGCUUUGGGAUGAAUCUUCCACCAGUCAAGGAAUUUUCAUGGUAUCUCGUUCGCCUAAUCAACAAUCACAUUGUUGACGGAUGCAACAAUAAAAUGGCAUUGAGCCAAAUGAAAGGUUUCAAGGAUAUUGCUAAUUUGAAAGAUGCCACAAACGAACUCUUUUUCAGUAGGCAAUUGAACAAGCCCAAAGCAGAUGCCAUAAAGAUUUCUAAUUUGGGAUUCGCACUUCAAACCGAACACCAGUCUGAACUGGGUAGCACAUGGAUGAUUACAAACAUGAUUUUCUCCCAAGACAUGGCUCCUUAUGCUUCAGAAUUCAUGUUGAAUGUGAUUUCCACAGCAAAAGGUGGCUUGAAUUUGACGUUGAGCUACUACGACUAUACCUUCGAAGAUUCCAAGUGUAACAAUUUUGAUUAUUUAGUAGCCAACCUUAAGAAAAACAUGAUUGAAUGUUUAUCAUAA